AUGUACGCCGGUCGCACUGCUUCGAGGGCAGCGCCCGCAGUCUUCAGAGCGGGCAUCAGGACGACUACACGACCUCAUCGCCCCAUGCUCAGGAACUCACCCGCCAUUCGCAUACUCAUCCCGCUCCGCGCCUUACAAACCGAGUCGACGUCAUCGAACAAUGCGCAAAACUACCCGCCUCCUGGUUUCGACCCUAAGCAGGCGAGCCAGCACUUGCUCAAGCAGAAUCAGCAGCAGUCAAAUAAAACCGCCGAAAAACACGACCCUCUCAUUCCCAAGUCCGGCGCAACCGCCAACCCAAAAACACACGCACAAGAUGUCCAGACAUUAAGCGAGCUAAAGGUGGAGAAGUCUGCCGCCGAGACCAAGGAGGAGAAGAAGGUUUUGGCAAAGAAGGAGGAAGAGAAGAAGAAACUGACCGUCUGGCAAAAGGUCAAGAAGGAGUUGGUGCACUACUGGGAUGGCACCAAGUUGCUUGGCUUUGAGGUCCGAAUCAGCUCCAAACUCGCACUGAAGAUGGCCGCUGGUUACGAGCUUACCCGCCGUGAGCGUCGACAGCUGCAACGCACCGUACAGGACCUUGCCCGCUUGGUACCUUUCCUGCCCUUCGUCAUCGUCCCCUUCGCGGAGCUGCUGCUCCCAGUAGCCCUCAAGCUCUUCCCCAACAUGUUGCCCAGUACAUAUGAGGGCCAGUCAGCCAAGGACACCAAAGCCCAGACACUCCGAGCAACUCGCAAGGACGUCAGCGAGUUCCUUCGCACAACACUGAAGGAGACUGGUCUCCCUGUCUCUGCCGAGAACGCACAGACAGCAGAGUUCAGCGAGUUCUUCCGUAAAGUGCGCACCACAGGCGAGAAGCCAACACCAGACGAGAUUAUCAAAGUAUGCAAGAUCUUCAAGGAUGACCUCACCCUCGACAACUUGUCUCGCCCACAGCUUGUUUCCAUCUGUCGCUACAUGAACAUCACCUCUUUCGGCACAGACAACUUCCUGCGCUACCAGGUUCGCGUUCGCAUGCGCCAGAUCAAGCGUGACGAUCGAUCCAUUGCUUACGAAGGCGUCGAGUCCCUCUCGGUCCCCGAGCUCCAGACUGCCUGUGCAAGCCGUGGUCUACGAACCUACGGUGUCUCUCCCGGCCGCUUACGGGACGACCUUACCAGCUGGCUUGAUCUCCGUCUCAAGCACGGCGUCCCAUCCACCCUCCUCGUCCUCUCCAACGCCUUCGUCUACGCCCAGGGCAAGGAAACAGAAAUGACCUCCCAAAUCGACGCCUUGGAAGCCGUCCUCUCCUCCAUUCCCGAGGAACUCUACCACGAAGUGGAUCUCGAAGUGCGCAACGCCGAAGGUGCCGCUACCAACAAGCAGCGUCUUGAAGUCCUCAAGGAGCAGCAAGAACUCAUCAACGAGGAGAAUGAACAAACCGAGACUGUGGAGAACAAGGCUACGGCUAGCCCCAAGGACCACGAGGACAUUGACGAGAAGCCGAUUAGGGACGCGCAAGAAGCCCAGGAUGCCAAAGAGGCCAAGGCUGUCGAGGAGAGCAAAGAAGCCGAGGCUAGUGCUGGUGAUGCUGCUGGUGGAUCGGCUGAGCGCGCUGAACAAGAUGAGCGUGCUUUGAAGAUGGAUGAUCCUACUGGCAAGGAUGAGAAGCCCGUUGAGGCUGCUGCUACGAAGAAGGAGUAA